GUACAUACGUUCACGCAUAUAUUCAAGGGCUGAUGCCUAGCAAGGCCAAAAAGGUACGAGUACUCGAUGGAUCUUUUGCAAGCGAACUCUCCAAGGUAGUGCCUGGUUUCUUUGAGCAGGAAUGCCCUAACUGGACAUUCGAUGCAGUCAUUCAUCAACCAAAAGCAGUCGUGAAGGUACACAAGAGCUUCAUUGAUGCAGGAGUUGACGACAUAACGACCAACACUUAUCAUGCCUCAUUACCAUUGUUACAGGAACAGGGGCUGGACGGUCGAGCACUGAUUAAGAAAGCUGUUGACCUACUAAAGGAACUACUUCCAACUUAUCAUGCUAAAGAAGGGAGAAGGAUUUGGGCUGCCUUAGGAUCUUAUGCCAUCAAUUUUCGCGGUCAAGCUGCCGAAUACACAGGAUCCUACGUCGAUUCCUUACCUUCAGACAAAAUUCUGGCGGUUAUGACAGAUUUUCAUGCUGGGCAAAUCAAAGCUGUGGUGGAAGCUGGAUUGACUAAUAUACUGUUCGAGACGGUCAGCUCCCUGCUUGAAGGAAAAGCAAUCUCACAGGCUCUAAGCAUGAGCCACUGUAAUGAUAUAAAGGCUAUCGUGUCGUUCACUUGUAAAAAGGAUGGAACGACGCUGCGCCAUGGAGAAAAAUUUGCUGACGUUGUACAGCUAGUGCUUACUAAUCCAAAGGUGAUUGGAUUUGGUAUCAACUGUACGGAUCCCACAGCAGUGACGCCCUUGCUUGAAUCUGUGCAGUCGUUCUUACCCGUAAACGAGAUUUUCGUUUAUCCAAAUGGUGGAGAGCACGAACAGAGCGCGAGUGUAGAGGAUGGUUUGGAUGUGAUUCUGAUGUCAACUGAGAAAUGGAUCCAGCUCGGAGCAACCGUUAUUGGAGGUUGCUGUGGAAUAGAUGCUGACGGUAUUUCUCAGAUACGAAAGCGAGUUGACCGUCUCCAACAGUCCGCUGAAUAACAUUUGCUUUGCUGAGUAUGUAAUGAAUACUAGAGGUUUUUGGAGACUUUGUUACAUAUGCUACGUCUAGAAUAGUCCCCAGGGCCCGGCACCGAUGGUUCGGGGUCAAACUGGACUUCGUUUUUGGAGUUAGAAG